CUCUUGACCUUGCAGGUUACUGACCCAAUGAAUAUCUCUGAGCAAGAUUCCGGCUUUGCCUUUGUAAGAGAAUUUAAGCUCUGAGGUUUCUCUUGUGAGUGGAAGAUUCGGAUCCUCCUCUUCUCACUCUUCACUGCAACAUACACUCUGACCAUAACGGGGAAUGGGGUCAUUGUUUGUGCACUAUGGUGUGACCAGAGACUCCAUACGCCCAUGUACAUGUUCCUGGGGAAUUUCUUCUUUCUAGAGAUCCGGUAUGUCUCUUCUACAGUCCACAAGAUGUUGGUCAACUUCCUCUCAGAGGAAAAAACCAUCUCCUUUGCUGGGUGUUUCCUCCAAUUCUAUUUCUUUUUCUCUUUGGGUACGUCUGAAUGCUUGCUUUUGGCUGUCAUGUCCUUUGAUCGGUACCUUGCUAUCUGCCAUCCCUUGCACUACCCUAAUAUUAUGACUGGGCAUCUCUGUAUCAAACUGGUCAUUAUCUGCUGGGUUUGUGGAUCUCUGUGGUUCAUGAUCCCCAUUGUUCUUAUCUCUAAGAUACCCUUCUGUGCUCCAAACAUUAUUGACCAUAUUGUGUGUGACCCAGGGCCACUACUUUCAUUGGCAUGCACUUCUGCCCCCAAAACCCAACUGCUCUGCUACACUCUGAGCUCAUUAGUUACCUUUGGUAACUUCCUCUUUAUUCUUGGGUCCUAUACUCUUGUUCUGAUAGCUGUGCUGUGUAUGCCUUCAGCCACUGGGAGGUACAAGGCCUUCUCCACCUGUGGAUCUCAUUUGGCUGUGGUAUCACUGUUCUAUGGUUCUCUGAUGGUCAUGUAUGUGAGCCCAGGACUGGUGCAUUCUGCUGGGAUGCAGAAAAUGGCAACUUUGUUCUAUGCUAUGGUGACCCCACUCUUCAAUCCCCUCAUCUACAGUCUCCGGAAUAAGGAGAUAAAGACAGCCCUGAGGAAGGUUAUGGGGAGUUCCAGCAUAAUUUAA